UAUUAUCAAUAAAAAGGGAGGUCACUCGAACAAAUAAUCGGAAACAUUUCCUGGUUGAUAGAAGAAGGAUGAGUAGAAUAUAUGACAACAAACCAUUGCACAACUUGCCGGUGAUAAAUGUUGACAUUCCUGGUAAAUGGGAGCCUAAUCAAUAUUCAAGUGGAGAUGGAGUCAUUCUUGAGGGAAAUAUCAAAGGAAGGAGUCGAUUCAGUGUAACUGACAAAUCACAUUCAAAGUUCCGCUAUUACAUACUGCAUACAGAGGUACAGAGGGCCCACAGGAGAAAGUUUGAGAGUAAUGGCCGUGAAAUUGAGCCCAACUUUAGUGAAACCCACAAAGUGAGGACAGGCUACCUCAAUUCAUCUUACAAGGUUGAACCAAAAGGUCAGACUGAUAAACUAAGUACAGAUCAGGUCAAGGACAUAGUAUGUCAUGAUGACCUUACAAAGAUUACAUCACCCAGGUUACCUGAGGAAUGUACAGGCUGUCUAUCUCUAUGGUUACAGGAAAAUGAAAUGGAAAAAAUGGAACUGGAAGAAGGUGAAAUGAUCAGAGUAAAAACAUCAGGAAAUGGGCCAUUUAUCUGCAGCAUAACAAAAAUGGAUGCUGAGGCCAAGACAAAAGGAAAUUAUGCUGGGGGUGAAAAUGUGGGAGGCUCAUGGACUGAUAAAAUCAUGGGCAUGAAAUCCUCACAGCCCGCUGACACAAGUCAGGCAGAAGGGGUGGAUGAGGAUGAGUGGGAUGAUUAGCGAAUGUCCAAACUUCAGUUCUCCAACUUUUGUGGUUGGUGGUAGUUCUGUAAGCACCACGCCAGUCUAACAUAUUUAACACUGCCAUGACAAACUACCAAGACAAACAAUAUGUUAUAAACUGUUUAAACAUAACUAAUUUGUUGUAUUUCUUUGUUAAUCACUAUUUAUCCUUAACAAUACCCAGAUAUUAUUUAUUGUGCAAUAAAAAGUCAAAAGUUUUGAGUCAUCUUUA